AUGAAAGAAUUUUUUACUAAUGCAGAUUUUCAUGUUGCAAGUUUUGUUGGACCGAGUUUUACUUGGUGUAACAAUAAGGAAGGCUCUUCUAGAAUUUGGGAAAGGCUUGAUAAGUGUUUGCUUAAUUCCUCAGCUUUGCAUUUGGUGCCAUUUGGUAAAAUUAAACAUCUUGCAUGGGUGGCGUCGGAUCAGAGCCCAAUUGUGUUUAAUUUGGAUGUAAGAAAGAUCAACAGGAACAAGAGUAUUAGAGUCGAAGACACGUUGAGGUCUUACCCGGCUGGUUGGAGCAAUGUUCAGAAUUCUUGGAAGAAGGCUGAUUUCGGGGAAGAAGAGGAGGUGCUUCAUAGAAAGUUGAAGAGGACAUUGAGAGCAUUAUUUCUCUGGAAUAAGAAUAAAUGCCGUGAUUUAUAUGAACUAUUGGAGGAACUAAAAAGUAAAAUCAUGGAAUUACAAAUUAAGGAGGCUGCGGGUUCUAGGCUUGCUAGUGAUGAUUUGCUUAUGCUUAGAAGGAUGAUUCAUGAGUUGAAUAUAACUGUUAGAAGACUUUCUACUUAG